UUAUACCUUAUAAGCAGACUCGACAUUAAUUUGUUUGGCAUGAAAGCCAUAUUUGCUUUGUUUGUUUUCUUUUACAUUGGUGUUUGUACAGGAACGGGACCAUGUAGAGACGGCUGGGUACCAUUCAGUGAGAACUGCUACUACUUCUCACACAAUCUCAUGUCAUGGCCACAGGCUGCGGAAACAUGCGAGGCAUUACACAGCACACUUGCUACAGUUUUGUCAGCUGAAGAACAGACAUUCUUAAAGACGACUCUAUUGAACAUACAUCCUCAUGAUGCUGCUAGUCGUAUAUAUUGGAUUGACGGCACCGAUCUGGAAGUUGAGCACGUGUGGAGAUGGGCGUCCACAGGAGAAAUAUUAACCUAUACGGACUGGAGUACGGGGGAACCCACCAAUACCGGAGCUGAAAAUUGUCUCCUUCUAUGGGGUCAACAAAAUUUCAAGAUGGGUGACAAUCCGUGUGGAGCGAGCUGGAACUACAUCUGCAAAUCUAGCGAAGAAAACACUGAAAACAUCAUCGGCUGA